CCGGCCCCCCCGGCCCCGCGCCCGCCGUCCCGGAGGUGCCGAACGGAACUGAAAAUUCCUCUUUAAAAGGUGCAGUGCUGUGGUUAUUGUUACUGCCUGUAGAAAAAAUGGACAUGUUGCAGAUACUACGUAAAACCACAGAGCGCUUGGAAUGUGACUACUGCAGCUUCAGGGGAACUGACUAUGAAAACAUACAAAUUCAUAUGGGUACCGUUCACCCAGAGUGUUGUGAUGAAAUGGAUGCUGCUGGUUUGGGUAAACUUAUAUUUUAUCAAAAAAGUGCAAAACUGUUUCACUGCCAUAAAUGUUUCUUUACCAGCAAGAUGUAUUGCAACGUAUAUUAUCACAUCAAAGCACAGCAUGCAGCACCUGAGAAAUGGAAUGAAGACCAGAAAGAGCAACAGGUAGAAGGAGAUUCAGAUUCAUCCAAAAAAAGUGUCACAUUGGAGCCACAGAAACCUACCCUUUCCCCUGAGUCACGCAAGCCUACCCUUUCUCCUGAACUCCCCAGAUCUGAACCUGUUGUUUCCCCCAAGCUUCAGAAAUCUUCUGUGUCUCCAGAGCCCCAGAAGUCUGCUCAGGUGACUUCCUCAGAGCCAGAGAAGUCAGUCUGUACUGUGUCCCCAGAUCCAGAAAAGUCAGCCCAGGCCACAUCUCCUGAUCCAGAGAAGUUAGCCUCAUCUGUGUCCCCUGACCCACAGAAGCCAUCCCCUGUCGUGUCUCCUGAUCCACAGAAGCCAUCCCCUGUCGUGUCUCCUGACCCACAGAAGCCAUCCCCUGUCAUGUCUCCUGAUCCACAGAAGCCAUCCCCUGUCGUGACUCCUGACCUACAGAAACCAUCCCCUGUCAUGUCUCCUGACCUACAGAAGUCAUCCCCUGUUGUGUCUCCUGAUCCACAGAAGCUGUCUCCUGUUGUGUCCCCCGACCUACAGAAGCUGUCCCCUGUUGUGUCUCCUGACCCACAGAAGCCAUCUCCUGCCGUGUCCCCCGACCCACAGAAGCCAGCCCCAGCCGUGUCUCCAGAGCCCCGGCGGCACUCCCCAGCAACGUCUCCAGAGCCCCGGCGGCACUCCCCUGCCAUGUCACCAGAGCCCCGGCGCCAUUCUCCCGCUGUGUCUCCAGAACCCCGCAGAUACUCCCCAGCUGUGUCACCAGAGCCAAAGAAACCUCCUCCAGCAGUGUCCCCUGAACCACGGAGGUAUGCCCCAGCUGGGUCUCCUGAGCCACGGAGGCAUCCCUCUCAAACGCGUCGGCCUGCUUCUGCUUCUUCUCCUGAAACACGGAGGCCUGCUUCUGCAGUUUCACCAGAGUCAUGGAGACCUGGGCCAGCUGUUUCCCCUGAGCCCUGGAGGUCUUCACCUCACGAAGUGCAGAAGUCUUCCACAGUUUCUGCCUGGGCUUCAAAGCCUGCCAUGUCGGUGUCCGUAGAAUCCCGGAGGUCUGCGCCCGAGUCCCGAAGGCCUGGUCCGGUUGUGUUACCAGAACCUAGGAGACUUGUUUCUGAUUCGUGUAAGUCUGCGUCCUUUUCUGAAUCCCAGAAGUCUACUCUUGUUUCUUCUGAGCCCUGGAAACCCAUCUCAUCUGUUUACCCUGAAGGCUGGAAACCUGUUCUGUCCCCUGACACAUGGAAGCAUUCUCCCCCUGUUUCUCCUGAGCUUCGGAAGUCCAGUCACACUGUUUCCUCUGACUCUUGGAAGCCUUCUUUCUUUCCUGAGGUCCGUAAGCCUGGUGUUUCAGUAUCUCCUGAAUCUUGGAAACUCUCCGAGUCACGGAAAUCUAUGUAUUUUCCUGAAACUCAGAAAUCCACCUCUGCUGCUUCAUCCGAGAUUCAGAAACGGGCUCAUUUCCCUGAACCUCGGAAACGAGUGUUGUUCCCAGAGACUCGUAAAUCUAAUCCUACUGCUUCUACUGAUGUCCAGAAACGUGCUGUCUUUUCUGAGCCCCAGAAUCAGAUGUCUACUUCUGCUGUUUCUACCGAAGGUCAAAAACAAGCUGUGUGUUCUGAAGCCCAAAAAUCCUCUCUUGUUUCUUCUGAAGUCCAGAAGCAUGCCCUGUUUUCUGAAGCCCAAAAACUCACUUCCAUUUCCUCUGAAGUUCAGGAGUCUACUUCCUUUCUGGAGUCUCAGAAAUCCACAUCUCCUGAAGUUCAGAAACCUGGCCUCUUUACUGAGUCCCAGAAACCUACUCCUGUUUCUCCUGAGACACUCAAGCAAGCUGUUUUCACAGACUGCCAGAAAUCUGCUGUUUCCCCUGAUGUUCAAAAGCAUGCUGUAUUUUCUGAGAUGCAGAAGCCUGCUGCUACUCUAAGCUCUGAUGUCCAGAGACAUGCUGAAACUACUGUACCUUCUGAAAUCCAGAAGAACAUCCUGUUUUCCGAGCCUCACAAGUCUGCUUCGGGCUUUUGUUCUGAGCCCCAAACACCUAGUGAGUCUGGUGAGAGUGACUUUCUCUCUCACAGUUUAGACGAUCAGAAACCACUGGAUGAUUUAUUCUCACAGGAUGAACAAUCAAUAUUAGCCAAAGAAUCACCUGAACACAUGUUAUAUUCAUGCCCAAAAAAGAAGCCCAAGAAGGAAAACCAGGAGAACUCAGAUUCUGAACUAAAUAGCGGUGAGUGUGGAAAAGCAGCAGUGGACUCAAUGGAGAUAAAGGAGCAAGAAUCCAACAGUGACCAAGAGCAGUAUGAUAUGGAGUCAUCUGAUUACAGCAAAGAGAGCAAAAUGGAUGCAACUACUCCUACGCAGCCACAGUGUGUGCUUCAGUUUACUGAAGAGAAAGAAGCUUUCAUCUCUGAGGAAGAAAUAGCAAAAUACAUGAAGCGUGGCAAGGGAAAGUAUUACUGCAAAAUUUGUUGCUGUCGUGCAAUGAAAAAAGGUGCUGUCUUGCACCAUUUAGUUAACAAGCAUAAUGUUCAAAGCCCAUACAAAUGUAAAAUAUGUGGCAAAGCUUUUCUCUUGGAGUCUCUUCUUAAAAAUCAUGUUGCUGCUCAUGGUCAAAGUUUGUUGAAGUGUCCCCGUUGUAAUUUUGAAUCAAAUUUUCCCCGAGGCUUUAAGAAACAUUUAACCCAUUGCCAAAGCCGUCAUAGUGAUGAGACGCCUAAAAAACACUUGGACAGCCUUGAACCACUUGAAGAACAAAUUUAAUCUGUUUUUAUUCUUUGUGCUAGAAAAGCUGAAUUUAUGAAGUGUUCAAAAGUGUUACUGUAUGUUAACCGAGUAGUUUAGCUGAUCUGACAAGUCAGAAGAUGCAUGGUUUAUUGUACUAUGUUUAACUUGUCUUAUAGCUGUAUUACUUAAAAGAUUUACUUUUGAAAGUAAUUUUAAAUGCGUGUUCAUGUCUUUGUAUUACCCAUCAGUAGAGUCAUAUUUUAUUUUUCAGAUGUACUAUGUUUUUGAAACCAAAAUGGAUACAAAUUAGUUUUGUAAAGAUUUGUAAAACAUAUAGGCAAUUAAGGACUGGAGUGGCAAGCAAUCCAUAUUUUCCUGUGAAGACAACUUCUUUUUUCACAUUUGUUAAAUGUUGUAUUUUUAAAAAUGUUUUUAUCAAGUUCUCAAAUCAAAAUUUUCACUACAUUGAAUGUGAAUGAGCCAGAAGAUGAGGAACUACCAAUAUUCCUGGAAUAAUUUCUGCCCUGAGGUUGUAAUUGAGUGUAUAGACAUUUGUUGGAAAUUUAUUGCACUCAGUUCUCUGACUUGUCUCAGAUUUAGAAGCAGCAAGGUACUUAUUUUGUGAUUCUGUAUUUUGGCCAUGUUUUAAUCAUACUAAUAUACAUGAAAUUGAUAGAUUAACAUCAGACUAUGUAUAGCUCAACACUUUCUCUUGAUGAUCAAGAUGUUUGUAAUGUCAGACAACCCCUGAAUUUCCUGUAUUUGGUGAAAUGUUAUGCUUUAAUGUUUUAACAAUAAAAAGAAACCCAACCUGGU